AUGUCUUCCUUUGACAAAAUUGUGUUAUCGAUACCGUCCUCAUUUCAGAUGGUGCCCUUUGAAGCUAGAGUGGACAGAGAGUUGCAUGAGCAACUCUAUAAAAAGCUCAAAGCAAUUGUUUCAAAAUCUACCCAAGAGUUGAGAUCAAGGGUGCUAAGUAAACCUGUAAAGGAAGGGACGAGAUCUACUACAAACGGAAUCAUAAGAGCAGCACCUAUGAAUUCGUAUGUGGCUGAGGACUCUCUUCACAAUCCAAUGAAAAUGGAGUCUAAAAGACGACGAGUGCCCACCACUCCGGCGGGUUUUAUUUUUGUGGACUACAACCUUCCAGAAGAUCUCACUCUGGAUGGGUUACCCCUUGAGGAGUUGGUACCCAGGGAGGAGACGUUUGCUGCCAGUUCUAGUCAAAGGCCACCACGCCAAUUCUCUUUGGCGCAGAGGCUUGAGGGCUGGAAGAUCCUGCGUAAACAGAGACGCACAGGAAGAUGUGAUCUGUACUUCACACAGCAGAGAUCUAAUAUGCUUCUGAGAUCAUAUGUUGAAGUGGUGAAGUUCAUACUUUAUGAAGUAUAUCCCCCGAAGCCGACACCGAAAAGAAAGUUACUAGAGAGUUAUGAACCAGCUUACAAGUCUUGUCGAAUCAUCAGGGAGUCUUAUCACAUCAGUGAAGAAGAUGUGCGGGAAUUUUUUAGGUCGUCCUAUGAGAACCUACUGAAUUAUAAAGAGGACCCAUCUCCUCCAACUGAUGCUCCACCCACCACUACUUCUAACCGUCUGGAAAAACACGCAGAAAACCCUGAUGCCAACACUCCUGUGGACAAUGAACUUAUUGCGCCUGGUCUGCAAAUUGACUUGAAUCUGCCUGCAGAAGAAGCCGAGGGUGGAGAGGAGGAGGCUCUGGCAGAAUAA